CUUUUGAAAACUGCGGAAGGUUAGCGUUGGACCAAUCUUUGGACGCAGCAUAAGGCUGACCUGGAAACUGAGCUCCAGGGUCUCUCACUAAGCUGGCAAUGGGCUCCUGAAGCAAUCUCAGACCCCUCUCUGCCUCCUAGAGUUAGGGCUAAGCUUUGUUUCAAAUAGACAUUGUAAUUAUUGCAAUUCUGCCCUGAUUGCCUUGGAGAAGGCAAAUGAUCCUCCCUGAGAGACUGGUUUGGAGGACACUGCCCCAGCACCGGGCUGGGGACACUGAGUGCAACCCCCUUAUCUUCCCCACUCCACAGAAGCAGCAGAGAGCUUGGAGACGGCGGCCAUACUUCGGACACGUAUUCAGGUUGCACAGAGGGAAGUGACCCCGGAACCUUAUCUCUUCGCCUCGCUCUCGCUUCCACCCGGACCGAGUUGGCGCAGGACACACGACUGCAGACUUAAACAUGGAGAAAGCGGGCUCUGGUGGUGAGCUGAUGUCUUCUCGGCUGGAGACUUCGGGGUCUACAGACGACCGGCUUUUCAUGGUCAAAGGUGGAAUUUUCUUAGGUACUGUUGCUGCAGCGGGAAUGCUGGCUGGAUUUGUUACAACAUUAUCAUUGGCUAAAAAGAAAAGCCCUGAAUGGUUCAAUAAGGGAAGUAUGGCUACAGCUGCCUUACCGGAAAGUGGGUCUUCCCUUGCCCUUCGAGCUCUGGGCUGGGGCUCACUUUAUGCGUGGUGUGGGGUUGGUGUGAUCAGCUUUGCAGUCUGGAAAGCUUUAGGUGUUCACAGUAUGAAAGACUUUCGAAGUAAAAUGCAAUCAAUAUUUCCAACGAUUCCCAAGAACUCCAAAUCAUCUGUUGACUGGGAAGAAGCAUUGAAAUCUAAAUGAGAUGAGUAUGGAUGAAUUCCAAAACAAUUAUUACAGAAAGGGUGGUGCUGGAGACCACGACAGCAAAAGGACUGGGACAGAUUUCUGCUCAGGAGCUGGGUAGAUUCUUGACUGAAUCCAUGGGAUGGACAGAAUUUGAUAUCCUCAUCAGAGGCAUGUGCACCUGUGUGUGUUGGGGGAGAGUAAAGUUUUCCCAAUGUUUAGAAGACUAUUUAAAAAUGUUAAGUGCAGAUUUAACUUCCUUAUGUGAAGAAGAUCCCAGAGGAAAUGCUUCCGUUUAUGAUAACUGAACCAAAUUUCAGCUGAAACCCAAGUUAUUGGCCCAUUUGCUGCCUAUGGCGAAUGUAUCUUGCUCUGUAAACCUCUUUUUCUCUUCCUCAAUAAAUUUUGUUUUACACUUGAAAAAAAUGUUUAUAAUAAAAGUAUGAUACAAAAUCUUUAUAAACAGACUCUCUAAUA